AAUACGACAGUAUGGUGAAAUGCUGGACGAUAUCGUCAUGCUGCACUAUCCUGUACCAAACCCUGAUGGUCGUGCUCCUAAUCGGCCUGUGUCCAGGGAGUGCCGACACAGCUCCAACGAUGUUCAUGACGUCAUUGACCCUGAUUCAGGAAGAGUACUCGUGGAACACAGGCUUGGCGCUGUGUGGGAAGGGCUACGGGAGCCUUCUCAACGUCCUGGAUCAAACUAUGCAGAAUGUUUUAGUUCAGAUGCACUCUGUUUUACAGUUCGGAAGCGACAUGUGGAUUGGCUUGCAUUUACGGGGCCUGGAUAGCACAAAUGGAUACUAUUGGUCGAAUUGUCAACCACUGCAGUCUGAUUGGACCAACUGGAACUCGAAACCGUUAUCAACCAGUAACAAACUAUGUGUGCUGUUAUCAGAAAGAUUCCUCACAUGGUACACGGAAAGUUGCUGGAAGGGUCUGGAGAUCCUAUGUGCCAAAUCUCAAGGGACGUGCACAUACGAGUUGAAAGAAGAACAGACAUGCAGUUUGGAUGUUCCAAAGAAGAGCGUGAAUGCGACAACAUUGGUAGACUGUGAGGAACUGUGUAAUACAGAAGUAAAUGGCGGCAAUGUGUGUUGGGCCUAUAUAUUCCACCGUGACUACAACACAUGCCAACUGAUAUUUGGUUCGAAUCCUUAUUUCUGCGAGAACGACGUCGAACGAAAUGAGAAAUGUAUCUUAGGACUAAGAAGAUGUUUCAAUUUCAGUAGAGUAAGUCUGGUAGGUGCUGAGGAUAGCGAAAUCGAUGAUCCUUUGCUGACGUGUCCUGAAUCGACAUCAUCCGGUACAGCUACUACGACGUUCACUACGUCUUUGGACAAGGACACCAUCGCAACCCCUCCUUCUUUCUCGACCAUUACAUAUAUGUCCAGUCCUGACACAAGCACUAUGGUCACUUCCAUAUCUGACCAAAGCGCUACAGCCAGUUCCGCUCCUAGAACAAGCACCACAACGAGAUCCUCUUCUGACACAAGCACGACAGGAAGACCCUUUCCUGAGACAAGCACCACAACGAGAUCCUCUCCUGACACAAGCACAACAACGACAUCCUCUCCUGACACAACCACCACAACGAGAUCCUCUCCUGACACAAGCACAACAGGAAGAUCCUUUCCUGAGACAAGCACCACAACGAGAUCCUCUCCUGACACAACCACCACAACGACAUCCUCUCCUGACACAAGCACAACAACGACAUCCUCUUCUGACACAAGCACCACAGGAAGAUCCUCUCCUGACACAAGCACAACAACGACAUCCUCUCCUGACACAACCACCACAACGACAUCCUCUUCUGACACAAGCACCACAGGAAGAUCCUCUUCUGACACAAGCACCACAACGACAUCCACUCCUGACACAAGCACAACAGUAACAUCUUCUGACACAACCACCACAGGAAGAUCCUCUCCAGACACAAGCACUACAGCCUUCUCUGCCUCCCCCACCAGUUCCACGAAUUCCACGCCUACCACAACUGUUCUUUCAAGCAUGCCUACUCCUGGUGUAUCUCAAGGUGCUCCGAAUGAAACUGUGACGUCACGUGCAAAUGCCAUAUGCAGUUGCAUGUGUCUCAGCAUCAACACAACCGGAAGUGUACAGUCUUUAACGACCUCUAUGAAUACCUUCUCUUGGACAAACGGAGCCUCUCGGCGUAUCGACGGAAACAUGAAAGUGCCGGUGAUGACCGCCCAUCAGCCAAGUCUCUGGGAGUAGGGGAGCCACCCUCCUCAUAUUUUCCCUUCUUUUCGUCCCUUGUGGCUGAUCUCACCAGGGUGUUUUCGAGCUGCGUACCUGGCCUAAAAUGUAAACCUUGCGUAGAAACUUCAACUAAGAGGUCCACAAGGUGAUCGCCGCCAUCUUACUGUUUAAUGAUGACACUCAGUUCCAAUCGGGUUUUUCCGUUAGCAGAAAUGGAAUGAUGAUAUUGCAUAAAAUCAAGUUCUUUCCCAGUUGAUACCCGUGUUGCACUACCGGAAACAUGGUUGGAAGAGGUCGUUGCAAACAUUUGCCAUUUAACCCUAAAUGUUGUGAUGUUUAUAUUAAUUUUGUGUGUGUUUGUUUGAGAAUCUCGCCAUCAUGCAUGCCUGACUGUGUCCCAUAUGACAUAACGUUUGAUUUUGUUUAAUCAGACUGGGUCGAGAUUGCAGACAAACAAUAAUGAACCCAACCUUCCCUGUAUAUUUUAGUGAGAGUGUAUGGUUGUUUUA